AUUUAUCUCUGCCCCCACCCCGGCUAGGAGCGGCGCCGCGUUCUGUGCCCACGAUGAAGCGACCUUGCGAGGAAACUACCUCAGACAGCGACAUGGACGAGACAAUAGACGUGGGGAGUGAGAACAACUACUCGGGGCAAAGUAAUAGCUCUGUCAUUCGAUCGAAUUCCCCAACAACAACAUCUCAGAUCAUGGCCAGAAAGAAAAGAAGAGGGAUUAUAGAGAAAAGGCGCCGUGAUCGUAUAAAUAACAGUUUAUCAGAGCUGAGGCGGCUUGUGCCAACUGCUUUUGAAAAACAAGGAUCUGCCAAAUUAGAGAAAGCGGAAAUACUGCAAAUGACAGUAGAUCAUCUGAAGAUGCUGCAGGCAACGGGAGGUAAAGGCUAUUUUGACGCUCAUUCCCUGGCCAUGGAUUUCAUGAGCAUUGGCUUCCGGGAGUGCUUGACAGAAGUCGCGAGGUACCUGACUUCAGUGGAAGGUCUCGACACAUCUGACCCCCUGCGCGUUAGACUUGUGUCUCACCUGAGCACCUGUGCCUCUCAGAGGGAAGCUGCCGCCAUGACCUCCUCCAUGGCCCACCACCACCACCCCUUGCACCCUCACCACUGGGCAGCUGCCUUUCACCACAUCCCGGCCGCUUUGCUGCAGCCGAACGGACUUCACGCCUCUGAUGCCGCCCCGUGCAGACUCUCCUCGGAGGUGCCCCCCCAUGGCUCUGCCCUGCUCACGGCCACCUUCGCCCAUGCCGAUGCCACCCUCAGAGUCCCCUCCGCUGGCAGUGUUGCUCCCUGCGUCCCUCCUCUCUCUACCUCCCUCUUGUCCCUCUCGGCUACCGUUCACGCCGCAGCAGCGGCAGCUACGGCUGCUGCCCAGAGCUUCCCGCUCUCCUUCACCGGCGCCUUCCCCAUGCUUCCCCCCAGCGCGGCCGCCGCCGCCGUGGCUGCGGCGACAGCCAUCACACCUCCAUUGGCCGUAUCCGCCACUGCCAGCCCUCAGCAGGCUGGCAGCGGGGGUAGCACUAAACCAUACCGACCCUGGGGGACUGAAGUUGGAGCCUUCUAAGUCUGCCCUCUCCCUUCCCGGUCUAGCUCCCUCCUCUCCCUCAGCACACGCACACGUGCACACACACCCCCACGUGCUCACACACACCCGCACCCACACCCGAGCCUCUGGGACUCGGCAUGUCCUUCCUGCUCAGCCCGGCCAAGCGGCCACCUUCACCCAAAGGGCCUGAGAGGCUCCGGCAAGCCCGCCGAGGAGCGGCACAGCUAUCCUCCUCGUUUCAGGUGUCGGAGAGGACACCGGGUGAUUUUUUUCUUCUUCUUCUUCUCAGUUUGUUUUGCUGGAGGUACCUUGAGGGAGCAGCAAUGGCUUUCGUAACAGUGUGACCAUAUCGGCCUGUAGAGGUUUCCUGGGAAAAACAUAGACAUUAGAACUAAUAAUUCUCCAGCUAUGCAUCCUUGUUUGGCAGAGAGGUGAGGGAUCGCACCUACCAGCUCUCCCCAGGAUAGAAAAAGAGUUCGAGUUUCAUAAGUGCCUGACAUUGAAAAAAUAAUAAAUAAAAAUAAAAUUAUAUAUAUGUGUGUUCUGCUAAAACAAAUAACAUUGCACAGGUAUGGAAAUGGUAUGAGAGAGAGGCAAAAUCCUGCAUUCAACUUAAGAACUGGGAUACCUUUCCAGGGAAGAGCGUGCUCUUGAAGGGGAGAGGUUUUUUAGCCAAAAGAUUGCCGAGGAAGAAUGUUCAGUUUGACAGGCCUAGUUCUGACUUCCUUAGUUCACUUUCUUUGUACAGACUUGCCAAAUUGUGACAUCUAGCAUAGCACUGGUAAAAGCAAUUAUCUUAUCAGUGCUGGGAUUAAUGAACAUUUCAGCGCUGCCUGUGAGCCUUGAGGCACCCUUUUUCAUGGCUUAAAUAUGGUGCUAGCUCUAUCUGCACAAACAGUGAAUUUGUCAUGCACCCAGAAGUAACCACCUAUUUAAAGUGUGCACACUUGGAUACAGUCAAUUCAUGUCAAUACAAGAGACUCAGUGUUGUAAGAGUUCAAAUUAACUUAUUUAGCUGUAUUUGGACAUUUACUUUUAGCCAGUUCUGUGCAAGAUCCCUCUUCUUUUCACUAUCAACUUCUGGGAGAACGAUCACUCUGGGUAUGAAUGAAGUUAUGGUAGGGACAAUUUUUAAAUUGGCUAUUAACACGCCAACAUUGUAAUGUGGGUUUGAUUCCAAACCAAAAUGAAUGUAUUAAAGGGGAUGGAUGUGAGUAAAUUAUUUUGUCAAUACCCAGACAACUAGUGCUGCAUAAAAUGGUUUGCUUUCAUUUUUUAUUACAGUGACUUAAAAUAACCUAAGUAUUUUAAUACAUCCAUUCAAGAACUAGAGAUUUUAUGUAAAAAAAAUAAAAAAUAAAACACAGCAUGUAUUAUUAUGCACUUGAUUUCUCUGCUGUGUGGAGAAAGCAAUAAGCAUUGAGAAUGUUAAACAUUAUGCAAAAUGUACUUUAAAAUAUUUGUUUUAAAAAUACUGUACCUAGUUGGUCUUUUAUGCAUUACUUUGUUAACCUUUUUUCUAUGCAAAAGUCUUUACAUAUCACUAAUUAAACGAAGUCCUUUUUGA